UGUUUAGUGCUUUCAUUACUGUAAAAUGAGAAAGGAAAUUUGCUCGUUUGCCUUUUGGAGGGCAGUGUUUGCCGAAUUCCUCGCCACACUUAUAUUUGUGUUUUUUGGACUUGCUUCUGCUCUGAGAUGGCCUUCUGCCCUUCCAACAGUUCUCCAGAUUGCUUUGGCCUUUGGUUUGGCAAUAGCUACAAUUGUUCAGACGGUGGGACAUAUCAGUGGAGCUAAUAUAAACCCAGCUGUCACACUAGCAUUCUUGGUGGGAUCUCACAUUUCCAUUUUGCGGACUGUAUUUUAUAUUAUUGCCCAACUCUUGGGAGGAAUUGCUGGAGCGGGCAUACUUUACGCUGUGGUUCCAGCAGCUAUCCGAGGAAACCUUGCAAUCAAUACGCUUAGUAACAACACAACACCGGGAGUAGGUGUAGCCGUGGAGCUGAUUCUUACCUUUCAACUGGUCUUAUGUAUAUUUGCAUCAACAGACAAUCGUCGAAAUGAUAAUGUUGGGUCUCCGGCAUUGUCAAUUGGUCUUUCUGUGACCCUCGGGCAUCUAAUUGGGAUCUACUUCACUGGUUGUUCAAUGAAUCCUGCCAGAUCAUUCUCUCCAGCCGUUAUAGUGGGGAUCUUCCGCAAUCACUGGGUCUUUUGGGUUGGACCAAUUUUAGGGGGAUGUCUAGCAUCUUUGGUGUACAAUUACAUUCUGUAUCCAAAUAUGAAACCAAGAGAGGAGAAGUUGGCUGUAUUUAUUGGAACCUACAAUGCUAAUGAAGAGGUCUGGGAUGAAAGGCGUCGGUCAAUGGAAUCUCCGGAACGUAUAAAUAAUAAACCAUUCUCUAUGUAACAAAACGAAGAAAUGGUUUCCUGAACAUUUGCAUAUGGACAGACAGACAUUGCUUGGAAUGGCAAAUGCAUUAAUAAAUACCUGCCAUGUGAUCGGAAAGAACCAAGAGAAUUAAGUUUAAUUAACAUGCAAUAAAAAGUAGUUUUAAAUUGGAAAUCUUAUGGAAAAUAGAAAGAUUUGUCU